GGCGCAAUAGAACCACUGUAAGAGCAGUUAUGCUGCAACAGAAUUGAAAGAGACCCACACACACAAAGAACAUGGAAAUAAGGAAUUAACAGGAUUUUCUUUCUGUUGGAUGCAUGGAGUAAACAGAAGUUGUUGGCUGCGAGCACAUAAAGGGGGAGUGCUCCCAGAUUCCGCAUAAGAUACAGAUCAGAAGAGAGAUUGGGCGUGGAAAUCUCCUGAAGGUUCCCUUCUGAAAUUUUUUGCAGGACACUGACAUUUGGACUCUCACGAUUACCAAUCUUGAGUAGAGAUUGUCUAGUCUGGUUAAGGUCACAAUACAAAUGUUUCUUAAUGCUUUCCUCGUGGUCAUUACUGACCUGGCAGCUGGACUACUUGGCAAUGCUUCAUUUCGACGCCAUUUUCAUUUGUUGCUGUCAGCAAUGCUUUUGUUUGGGCCCCUCCUGAGUCUAUGGGUUUCCCAAUAUAGUGUCUUUGCAAAGAGGAGUCACUUUCUUUACAGGGUUUUCCUGCGCUCAGGCUGGGGUUGGACCUGUAUCUUUACUGGCUCUUUUGUCUUCGUCCUCUCUUUCUCAGUACGUCGCUCACUCACACUUUCAAUACGACACCUUUCUCGGCUAGCUGUGGCAGGUGGUCUGUGGCUGGUUUUCCGCAAACUGCUCUGCCUGUUGGAGAAUGCCACUGGGAGCUGUUACGAACCCCUUAGCCCCACUCUUGAGCUGGCUUCAGGGACUAAUGGAGAUGGCCAUCCUUUAUUGCUAUUAAGGGAAGGUGAAACAAAGGAGGCAUGUGUCCGCUCUGGUAUGUUGUGGCAUGGCUAUGAAGUGUCUGAAGAUGCCCUCCUGCUGUGUUUGUGCUGCCUGCUUCUAGCUGAGGAGACUGCUGUGUUUGGGCCCUACCUGAACCUCGGUGGACCCUCUGGAGCCCCGCUGCGCAUCCUCUUCCUGUUCUGUGUCCUGCUGUUGAGUCUCUGGGUGUUCCUGCUACUCUGCCUGCUGGCUUACUUCCCACAGUUUCUUACCCAGCUUCUGGGAGGUGCUCUUGGUUGUUUGAGCUGGAGAGCUUUGUACCAGGGCUGGUACCGACUUGGACCUUGUUGGUACUGCCCUGGGAGGCCAGGAGUGGGACUUCUGUCUACACAGAGCAAACAGGAUGAGACAUCUGAAACACAUGGUGAAACUAAUGCUAAAGUGAUCAACUAGAGAAGGCUGUUGAACUCAUUGUGAAAUUAUUUUAAACUGAACAAAAUUUGGACUUAAUGUAGUGCUGCAGUACACAAUUAAUAUCUGGCAACAACAACAAAAAGUCCAAUAGAAUGUAUACUUAAUCAAUUGAGUAUCUAAUUUUGUGUAUCAAAAAGCAUGGUCUUCAAUAACAGUCGUACCCUUGUACCGAAAUUGUGUACUGUCAGAGGAUGUACUGCAUUUGAUGAUGGACACACUUCUCGGUGGGACUCAAAAACAUGAUGAAUAUCUGAGAAAGUAAUCUACUCUGGUUUUAUUAAACAAGCCCAACUUGACCACAAGGAACACCUUUAUUGGUAGAAUUGGUACUUACAGUU